UAUGCAUGCAUAGCUAGGGUUAUUGUUUGAAUUAAUUAUUGAUUAUAUGUUAAGUGUUAAUUGCAGGAACUAUGUUAUCCAAUUUAUGAUUCAAUUAGAUGGAACAAAUAUAGGAUGGAGAGUAAUCAAAGAGCUUACACACAAAUUUGUAGAACUUUCCAUGGACAAGUAUGGAAGCAAUGUAGUGGAAAAGUGUGUCUGUCUUGUUGUGAAGAUAUCUCUAACUAUGACAUUAUCUUUGAAAUUUUGGAGGGUAACCAUCGAGAUCGAUUCAUCCAAAUUUGUACAAAUCAAUAUGGGAAUUAUGUUGUCCAAAAAGCCAUGUCUAUUGCUAAGGGAAGAAUUCGCAAGUUGCUUGAAAAAGCCAUUAAGCGUCACUGGCUUGUUCUUCAAUGUCGUCCAUAUAGAAGAAAUGUAAUUUCAUCAACUAAACGUGAUAGAAGUCCAAAUCAUCGGAAGUACUUUUAAAGUAGGAAUAGUUUUAGGAAUAUAUUAUAUACAUAUAGAUUGUUUUUAUAUAUCUAUAUGUUUGAAGGUUGUUUGGAGUACACAUAUAAUAAUUAGCAAAAACAAUGCUUAUUGGGAAAUGUUAUUUGUAUAGAUGUGAGUAUGUGAACUAUGAUUUAUUCCUUAGGUUAGGCAUAUCAUUGUUAAAGAAUAUUAAUCAUUUAUUUUAGAGCUUGUUCUUU